AUGGAUCUCCUCAAAAUUGCAGUGUCCUUCCAAAUUCUCCUGUGUCCUGCAUGGGCCCUGUCGCGUCACUCUUUCAUGGACAGCAUCCUCUCACCCCACUCAGCCCUCGGGUUGCCGGACGAGCCAAUGAGGUUUGACCCCUGUUGUCUCAUGUCACCGCCUCCCCCACCUCUCUUUCCCCCGCCGCCUCAUCUUUGGAAGCCGGGCAACCUUGUAGGUGUCAGCACACAUUGAUACACGCAGUCAUAUAAUUAUGCAGCACAGUACACUGCUGCUUCAAAACCUGUACUCAUGGCUCUUGUGUGUUUAAAGGAUGGCAUCAGCAUGUCAGAGCCAAGUGUUUCUGGAAGAGAGCAGCAGCAAAGAGAAAAACCUGUGAUGCUGGGGUGCUCACAAGGGCCUCCAGGACCUCCAGGACCCAGCGGCCCAGAGGGUCACAGUGGAUUACCUGGCAUACGAGGACCAAGGGGGGAGAAGGGAGAAAUUGGACGUCCUGGGUCAAAGGGUCGUACUGGAGCUCCAGGCCUUCCUGGUAAACAAGGACUUCCAGGAUGGCCUGGCCCAGAGGGACCCAAGGGUGAGAAGGGGGAUCCAGGUCUGAUGGGAUUACCAGGACUUAGAGGACCACCGGGGACAAAGGGUUUGCCUGGAUACAAAGGAGAUAAGGGGGUUCGUGGUGAUCUUGGCAUAAAAGGACCAAAAGGUGAUAAGGGUUCCAUUGGGUUGCCUGGGAUGCUUGGAGAGAAGGGUGAGCAGGGACCAAAGGGAGAGCCAGGAGUCUCAGGAAAGAGAGGACCUACUGGACGACCUGGGAAGAGAGGCAAACAGGGUAUGAAGGGCCAGACAGGAGUUGCAGGAAUCAUGGGCCCCCCAGGACCUGCGGGGCCAAACGGCCUGCCUGGACCACCUGGUCCACCUGCCUCUGGUCGCUAUGUAGUCGGGGAAAAGGGAGAGAAGGGUCUCCCAGGUCCACCAGGUCACUGUGAGUGUGACACCUCUCUCGGAGCAAAUAACGCUCCAUUUGGAAGCUACACACAACGGGGCAGUCCUAAUAAAGUCCCUGCGAUAUUUGUGGUAAACAGCGAAGAGGAGUUGACACGUCUACAUCUCGAUAACGCUAUAGCAUUCAGGAAGGAUCAGAGGGCACUGUACUUCAGAGAUAAAGAUGGAUGGAAACCCAUACAGCCCUUCCAGCCGUUCCAGUCCACGGAGAAAGUCCAGGAUAGAGUUGGUAUGUGCGGGGACAGAAAGGUGCAGGCCCAGUAUGGAGAGGAGUGUGAUGACGGAAACCAGAUUGUCACUGAUGCUUGUCUCAAUUGCAAGUGGGCCUACUGUGGAGAUGGCUACCGACAUGAAGGCAUGGAGGAGUGUGAUGGAAAAGACUUUGGUUAUCAGACGUGCAAAUCCUAUCUUCCUGGAUCCUUUGGGCAGCUCAGAUGUACUGAAUCUUGCCUCAUUGACUCUACUGGCUGCAAGUACUUCACCUGA